UGUUCGAGAUAUUGUUAGAAAUUUUAAACUUCGAUACUUUAAAGGCCCGGAUCCGCCAAUCAUACGCUACGGAGAUACCGGACGGGCCUUAUAUAUUAUUUUUUCAGGGUCCGUUGAAGUCGUUUCUGCCGAUAAUGAAACUGUUUUGGCUAUUCUUGAAGAAGGCUCCUUUUUUGGGGAAAUUGCUUUGCUUUUUUCAGUGGCGCGGACCGCCUCCGUGAGGGCUAUUAAGAAGUGUAUAUGCUUUAGUUUAUCCAAAGCUCAUUUUGAUGAAAUGCUUCAAAAGUAUCCAGACGUCGCUCAAGUUUUUUAUGAAACCAGCAAAGAACGAUUUGUUCAAUUUAAGGAACGAAUCGAAAUGAUAGAAAACGAAAGGGAACAAACAAUUCGACAAAUCAGACAAAUAUUACAGAUGGUUCCUCGGAUUAAACAUUGCAACAUUGGCUUCUUACACGUGUUGGCCAUGAAAUUGGCGACUGAAUUAGCAGCGCCACUUCAGCGAGAACUUGAAAAUUUUACUAUUUUUCAAAAACUAAUCAUUUUUAUUGGUGGAAACGUUUCUAUAUUGGGCACUGACAAAAAAAUUGUCGCUGAAAUCAAAGGCGCUGGCUAUUUUGGAGCUCUUUUUAAUAGCAGUAAAAAUAGUGAAAAAUACACAGCAGUUAUGGAGUCAAACUGUCUGAUUUGCAAUUUAACUCUUGAAGGCAUUAAAAAGUUGUUUCCUUUAUAUCCAGAAAUAGAAAAACAACUUAAGGAAGACGUUCCUUUACUGAGCGUAGAAAGAGAGCCUGCUUUAAAAAAAGCCGUAUCAUGCAUCGGUGAAUCGCCCUCGCUGCGUUCCACAAGUGGUACUCACGAGAAGCCGCUCUCCUCACUUCGUACCUAUUCGCUGGACUUCCACACACUAAAAAAGUUUUCGCGCAAUAUUAUCCUCCCUACCAACCGCGGAUCUGCUUCGCGUUAUAGUUGUAUCAAAACUGUGGAAAUCCAUAAUCCUUUCUUCAAGUUUACUAUUAUUAUUAUAUAUAAUACAAUUAAUGAAAACUCUAAUGUUUAG